UUCAGUGUAUGCGAGGUAUAGUUGAUCCAGAGGCAUUGCUUUUUGAUCCAGAAAUCAACCGCACCUUUCAUUACCGGUUAGCACAACAAAGAAGAGCCCUUGCAUCUGCAAUGGCAGCUGAAACGAAUGCUGAAUUGGAAGCGCGACUUCGAGCGGAGUUCGCGAGGACUCAAGAGGAACAGGUGCAGGAAGCCGUGCACCGAAUCCUGCAAGAAAGAGAGCUAGAGGAGGCCAACCGCCCCCUCAGGGAUCUGAAUGAACCUGUCAUGAGUUAUGAUUACCCAGGAAGUAUAGCCCCUCAUAAUGCCGAGGCUCAGAACUUUGAACUCAGACCUGUACUCAUCAACCUGAUCAGUCAACAUCAAUAUGGAGGAUCUGCCACUGAAGAUGCCCAUGCUCACCUAGAGCGGUUCAUCAGAAACUGCAGUACUACACGUCUUCCCAACCCCGAGCUUGUUCGUUUGCAACUCUUUCCUUUUUCACUAAGGGACACAGCUGAGGAGUGGCUCAACUCCCAACCUCAAGGCAGCAUAACAACUUGGGAAGAUUUAGCUAAGAAAUUCACUAAAAAGUUUUUCCCUCGUACCUUGCUGAGGAAGCUGAAGAACGACAUCCUGAUUUUUAAACAGGAAGAUACUGAGAAUCUCCAUGAAGCUCUAGAGCGGUUCAAGAAACUGUUAAGGAAGUGCCCUCAGCACAACCUCACUUUGGGAGCACAGGUAGAGAGAUUUUAUGACGGCUUGGCUGAUUCUGCCAGAUCAAACUUGGAAGCAGCAGCUAGUGGCGAAUUCGAAGCUCUUUCAGCUCAAGCAGGUUGGAACUUAAUCAAUAAAAUGGCUGAAAGUGCAGUGAACUCUACCAAUGACCGCCAAAACAGAAGGGGUGUACUGGAAAUAGAAGCGUAUGAUAGGAUGGUUGCUUCAAACAAGCAAUUAUCUCAACAAAUGACAGCUAUGCAACGACAGUUCCAGGCAGCCAAGAUAUCUAAUGUGGAUAAUAUCCAUUGUGGAACAUGCGGUGGUCGUCAUGCCAGUGAAGAUUGCGGUGCAGAUUUUGACGAGGAAGUCAAGGCUUUGGGAAAUUCCCAAAAUAAUCCUUAUUCCAACACCUACAAUCCGGGGUGGAGGAAUCAUCCUAACUUUUCCUGGAGGGAACAGAACAACUUCAAUCAAGGAGGAAAUAAUCAGAGGCAAUAUUCAAAUCAAAGAUUCCAGUCUCAGAAUUCAGGACCUCAACAGAAUCAGGAUCAAGGCAGUGGCAAUGGGAAGAAGAGCUUAGAAGAAUUGAUGGAGAAUUUCAUUAACAAAGCAGAUACUAGUUUCAAAAAUCAUGAAGCUGCUAUAAAAAAUUUGGAGACUCAGGUGGGACAGAUGGCCAAGCAAAUGUCAGAAAGACCCUCAGGCACAAUGGCUCGCCUAUCUGAGGAAGACAUCCUUCGAUUCCGCCGUGAACAACAGGCGGCCCGUGAGAAAAGAAACUCCGGGAAAUCUGCGGUCGAACAUGCCACCAGCCACUCCGGUACUGAAUCCGGCCGCCCCGCAAAAAAGAAAAAGAAGAAUGAAGAUCCUGCCUCUGUCCAAAGCAAAGCUUCGAACCAAACCUCGCUACAAAAGUUCAUGAGCAAAGGCGAAUCCGCUGUGGCGAACAAAGGUUGUUCGUCGAGUACACCACCCCUUUGCUGGAAAAACUUGUUGAAAGAAUUUGAGGAGUUAUCCUCGGACGAUGUGACCUCAAUUUGGGAUUCCAAAAUUGACUUCAACUCGUUGGUGGAAACAAAUCUGGUGUUCGAGGCGGACCGUGAUAAGAUGAGGAAACUAGGUUUGAAGGAAGCUUGUCAAGCCAUGAUGACAAAGGGCUUGGAGAUUGUUGCUAUCUCCAAGAUGAUCGACCUUGAAUCCGCCGGAUUCGAUGGUCUCGCUUCAGCCAAGCUUGUUUAA